AUGGCUGAGAAGGCCGCUCCUUCAAUCGCCGCGGUUGCGGUGUCUUCUCUCAUUCUGGGCCUGCUGGCGGGCUACUUUAUCGGACAAGGCGCCAGUAUUGGUGUAUUUGGCGGUCAGAGCAAUUCAGGCGGAGUCAAGCAAAGUUGGCCAAACAGCUAUGAUGUCAAGGUCCAUGCAGAUUCAAGCGAUGAACAGGCCGAUGAUGAAGAUGAGCAAGAAGAAGAAGACGAUGAAGACGAAGGCGACGGAAAAGAACUCAAUGACUUCAGAGAAUCUACCGAGGAAGUCAAGCUUGUGCUGGCAGUAAGGACCGAUCUGGGGAUGGGUAAAGGUAAAAUUGCAGCACAAUGUUCUCAUGCCACACUCGCCUGUUACAAAUACCUGCUCAGCCAUCCUUCAUCCGCGCCUUUGCUCAAGCGGUGGGAAUGGGGAGGACAGCCCAAGAUCGCGGUACAAGCUAAAUCUGAAGAAGAGCUGGAGACACUGCAGGCCCAAGCAAUGAGUCUCGGUCUUUGUGCAAGAAUCAUACACGAUGCGGGUAGGACACAGAUUGCAGCUGGCAGUGCAACAGUACUAGGGGUUCUCGGUCCGAAAAGUGUUGUCGACCAGGUUACCGGACAGCUGAGACUGCUAUGA